UGAAAAUAAUGGCUACUUCAGUUGUCUUAAUAAGGACAAGCGGCAUAUAAUUGAGCCACUGACAACUAGAGGGGGCCAACUCCAUUCUUGUCAAGAUCAAGGUCAAUGCAGAACCGAAUCAUCAUUGACAAAUAUCUGCACCUGAGUCCGGCGUGAGCGCAUAUGAAUACUUUUGCGACCUCUGAUUGUCACGAACGGACUUUUGCCAGAAUGUCGAGUCACUCUCUCACCAACUUGUCUCGUUCUUCCCACACAGAAGGCGCCGGCAGUGAGACUUUGGAGCGUGCGCUUUCGCAGUAGGCCUCGUCGUUGUUGUUUUAUGCAAAGCGUGCGGAGCGCGAUAGGACGCGCGGCGGUGUAUGCAAAUGAGCGUCUCGGGCAGCCGCUGUACAAGCGCCGCGCGCAGGUGAGCCUUCCUCCACUCUGGAAAAUGCCAAAGUAAGUCCUACAAGGAGCACCAGCGUUGACGGAUUCGCCAUUCUUGCAUCACUAAACAGCCACUUCAGGUCAGGAAGAUGAGCGCAGACACUCUGGAGCAGUCGGACGCUCAGGCGGAGCAGACAAAGCAAAAAGGAAUCGGAUUCCAUCGACAGAUAAAGACCGAGGACAUCAACGACGCGUCCCACCUGAGUUCCUCGCUGAAGACAUGUCACAUGACGCAGAGCCCCGCCAUGCACGCUUCUCACAUGACUGGGGACCUGACGUCCCUGCACAGCAUGCAGCAGUUGGUCCUGAUGCCACCGUCUCACCUGUCGUCUCCGCCGCCCUUCCUGCUGUCCCAGAACCCCCCCAGCCACCAAGCUCUUCUGCAGCAGAACCUGAUGUCCCUUCCGGUGCAGAACCAGAACGGUCUUUUGCAGCAUCAGCCCGGCCUGGCUUUGGCUCCACAGGUGAUGAGUCGCUCGGGCCUGCUCGGCCCGUCGAUGGACAACCAACUGGACAUGUCGCACCUGCAGAUGGCCAAACACAUGUCGGUCCCGCCCCAGGAAGAACCCAGCGACCUGGAGGAGCUGGAGCAGUUUGCCAAGGCCUUCAAGCAGAGACGCAUCAAACUGGGCUUCACGCAGGGCGACGUGGGCCUGGCCAUGGGCAAACUCUAUGGCAACGACUUCAGCCAGACCACCAUCUCGCGCUUCGAGGCGCUCAACUUGAGCUUCAAGAACAUGUGCAAGCUCAAACCUCUACUGGAGAAGUGGCUGAGUGACGCAGAAAACUCCCCGUUGGACUGCAUGAACAGCGCCGCCUCGCUGCCGCCGCUGAUGGAAGGCUACGGACGCAAGCGCAAAAAGAGGACCAGCAUUGAGACCAACAUCAAGCUGACGCUGGAGAAGCGCUUCCUCGACAACCCCAAGCCCAACUCGGAAGAGAUCACGCUGAUCUCGGAGCAGCUGGCCAUGGAGAAGGAGGUGGUCCGGGUUUGGUUCUGCAACCGGCGCCAAAAGGAGAAGAGGAUCUACUGCCCCGUCACCAGUUUGCCCGUCAAGACGCAGAGCUACAACUCCAGGAUGGCUGCCGCUGUGUCGCGAUCGUACAGCCCGCUGGCUUCGGGCGUAGUUUCCUCCAAUUCGUCCCCGAACUGCGUCAGCCGGGAAGUUUCUCCCGACAGCCUGUCCAUGUCCUCGGCCUCGUUAACGGCUCACGUCAACCCGGCAUCUUACAGCACUCCGGGGUCGUGGUACCGGUGGAAUUCGAGCGGCUACCCUCACUGAUGCACCGCAGCCACUUAGCGGACUUUUCGAAGGAUGUACAAAAAAACCUAAAACAAAAAAAAAAAAACAAAAACAAAAAAAGUUUGCGAAGGAGACGAGAACGUUUUGACUUUGAAAGCCGUGCGGAGGGAACAUCAAAGAGAUGAAGAUGAAGAUGAAGUCUGAAGACGGUUUUCACAGUCCAGCUCAUAAGCUUUUACGUGUGAGACUGUU